AUGCAGCUGCCUUCAGCUGAGCUGGACACUAGCAGAGGGACUUGGCGGCUCACAAAUGGAGCUUGUCAGCUGGGAGGGAGACUCCGGAGCUCGGAGCGAGGGCGCCAGUGCACAGUUGGGGCGGGUGCGCAGGAGACUGGGGAGCGCGGAAGCGCUGGGGGCGGGAGCGCGGGCCCCGGGAGCAGCGAGGGACGGCGGCCGCGCAGCAGCGCUUGGGGGCCGGCUGUUUCGGGCCCCCGCCCCCUCGGUGGUGGCUCGCUCUUCGCUUCUCCGGCUCCGAAACAGACACAGCCUCCGCCGCCGCCGCCGCCGCCGCCGCCGCCGCUGCCUGGCGCGCUGCCGGCUCCCUGGAACAGCCUCUCGGACACCGGCCACUUCCCGGCACUGGAGGGGCACAACGCGGCCACCGACCCGGUGGUGCUCCAGGAGGCGAGAGGGGUCCCGGCGCGCUCCGGGGCCCCGGCGCAGCGCACGGUGAGCGCCCCCGGGGCUCGGGGAUCCCUUAGCCGCGGGUCCCGGGGUACCACCUCCCGGGUGCCGGAUGGGGCCGCCCUGGGGGCGCAGGGCAGAAGUUGGGACCGAACGCAGCCUGCCUCUGCCGCCGAGCCCGACAUACUGCCGCCAGGGCGCAACGCCACCACGUACCGGGCGCGGUCUGGGCAGCAGCAGCUGGCGCAGGGGGGCGCCGUGGGGGGCUCGGAGGGGGCGGCGCCGCUGGGGCCGGCGCAGGUGGUCACCGCCGGCCUCCUGACCCUGCUCAUCGUCUGGACUCUGCUGGGCAAUGUGCUGGUGUGCGCGGCCAUCGUGCGCAGCCGCCACCUGCGCGCCAAGAUGACCAACGUCUUCAUCGUGUCUCUGGCUGUGUCCGACCUCUUCGUGGCGCUGCUGGUCAUGCCCUGGAAGGCGGUCGCCGAGGUGGCCGGUUACUGGCCCUUUGGGGCCUUCUGCGACGUCUGGGUGGCCUUCGACAUCAUGUGCUCCACUGCCUCCAUCCUGAACCUGUGCAUCAUCAGCGUGGACCGCUACUGGGCCAUCUCCAGGCCCUUCUGCUACGAGCGCAAGAUGACCCAGCUUGUGGCCUUGGUCAUGGUCGGCCUGGUGUGGACCUUGUCCAUCCUCAUCUCCUUCAUCCCAGUCCAGCUCCACUGGCACAGGGACAAGAUGGGCUCCUGGGGUGGGGUGGACCCGCCAUCUAACUCCGCCAACGGGACGCCCUGGGAGGAAGCCGGGGAGCCAGAAGUGAGCGCGGAAAACUGUGACUCCAGCCUGAACCGAACCUACGCGAUCUCCUCCUCGCUCAUCAGCUUCUACAUCCCGGUGGCUAUUAUGAUUGUGACCUAUACGCGCAUCUACCGCAUUGCCCAGGUACAAAUUCGCAGGAUUUCCUCCCUGGAGAGGGCCGCGGAGCACGCGCAGAGCUGCCGGAGCCGUGAGGCUUGUGCGCCCGACGCCGGCCUGCGGGCGUCCAUCAAGAAGGAGACCAAGGUCCUCAAGACCCUGUCGGUGAUCAUGGGGGUCUUCGUAUGCUGCUGGCUACCCUUCUUCAUCCUUAACUGCAUGGUCCCCUUCUGCAGCGGAUACCCCGAGGGCCCCGGGGCGGGCUUCCCCUGUGUCAGCGAGACCACCUUCGACGUCUUCGUCUGGUUCGGCUGGGCCAACUCCUCUCUCAACCCCAUCAUCUAUGCCUUCAACGCUGACUUCCGGCAGGUGUUUGCCCAGCUGCUGGGGUGCAGCCACCUCUGCUCUCGCACCCAGGUGGAGACCGUGAACAUCAGCAAUGAGCUCAUCUCUUACAACCAGGACACCGUGUUCCACAAGGAGAUCGCAGCCGCCUACAUCCAUAUGAUCCCCAACGUCGUGACACCGGGCGACGCGGAUGUGGACAAGCAGGCAGAGGAGGAGAGCCCUUUCGAUCGUAUAUCCCAUAUCUCUCCGAGGUCCCCAGGUGGCGACCCUGCUGCUCAGUCUGUCUGGGAGCUGGACUGCGAGGGGGAGACUUCACUAGGCAAGAUAACGCCUUUCCCCCCAAAUGGAUUCCAUUAACCCGCAUAAGAAACACGCCUCGUGGAUCUAUAUAACCGCGCAGACACUAGCAAGCAUGCGGAACCCACACACGGGCACACACUGACACGUUUCGAGUGCUGCUCAGUCUCUCACGUUUUCUGUGUUGGUGUGGUCGUCCACGUGCUUAGAAACCUCACCAGACCGAUUUGUUGUUGAAAGAUCUGGCAGAAGCAGUUGGAGUAAACUCAGACAAAUAUACCUUAGCCUAGCAGAGAUGGACCAGUUGUUCUGUUAGAGAAGAUAAGGCGGGGGAAGAAAAAGUGGUACUUAGUCUUUAAAAAAUAUACUCUCCCCUUCCUUUUUAAACAAAAGGAUCAUUCAGUGACUUAUUUGUGUUUGGGCUGAUUUUUAAACAGUAGGCUUAGUAUGUGUGUAGUGCUGAUGGGAGUGUGUGUGGCUUUCCGGAAUCUUGCUUCCUGUGGCCUGUGUUUAUGCAGUUUCUGCUCUCUGUAUGUCUUUACUACAGCUGAGGAAUUCUUCCUGAUUUGUUCUGGUGUCUAAUAAACACGAGUUAUGUGUAUUACAGGGUGAUUAUCUUUGCUUUGCCAGAUUGGUUCUCAGGACAGCUCCUGGAGAAGCCAUGAGAGCAUCUUUAAAAGCAGGGAAGAUCUUGGCUGGGUCUGGAAGCACACGCUUAUUUUCUUUACAGACAGUUUGGCCUUAAAGGUACACACAGGGGCAAGAG